AUGACAGAAGCGCCGCCGCCGCCGCCGCAGAUUCCGGAUGACUCGGUCAAAUGGGAUCGAAUUUAUAUUCAGGUGAGCGAGAGAGUAGACGGGCGGCCGUUCUGCAAGUAAUUGUAACACCGUGUUGACCGUUGCGAUUAUGGAAACUCUUGCGUCGUCGACACAACAAAUAUGAAUAAUCCCGAGUCGUACACCCUUUCUGUCGGCCGCCAGUGUGUCGUCUCCGAAAAAUGACCUCUUUGAACAGAAAAAACCCGCGCCUUUUCCGUAUCAGAUUUCACUCAUUUCGAGUGCACCGUCUGUCCGCGAACCGACGCAUUUUUUGCGCAUUUUCUUCGUGUCGAACACACCGUUUUUCAACUCCCGCCUAAAUUUGUGUCAGAUCAGACGAAGUAAAAGAUCGUUGGAUCACUCUCAUUUCAUCUCGCUUUUUGCUCCGAACGGUCAGUAGAUGUGUUUGUCGAGCUGUCAUCAGUUCCUCGCGCAUGGCCUCUCUUCCCGACGACACUCCCUUUACUCGUGUUAUCGAAAUGAAAUGCAUCACGCGUCAAGAAUUUUUAUGGCAUAAUUCUCUCCUUAUCGAUUGCCCCAUCCGUCUUUCCUUUUCGUUUCACCGCCGUGACUGCAGUGCGGCUACCUCUUCCUCUUCGUCAUUCCUCGUCGCCGUUCGUCGCUCGACUUACCCCACAAUCUGUCUGAAUUCAGUGCCUAAAUGGAAGAUCAUCGGUUCACCGACACUAUACUUCGGGCAACGAAUGUGCAGUCGGCGAUCCAAAGAUUCGAGAAACGAGCACCCGCUCCGCCUCCGCCUUUCCGAGCACCGGACCCAGUUGAACCGCUCUUCGUCAACACAAACAUCGUCUAUCCAGUCGAAGAAAGCACGUAUUUCCCUCAAAUCACGCCUCCACGUGAGCAUGUCAUUUACGGAAUGGCGAAUGAGUCGGCGAUGGAUGUUCCCAUGGAGAAUAUGACUUUGAAUCGGUUCGAUUCGGGCUUCAAACCUACCCACUUUGGAAAAACUAUCCAAGGCAUCUACAACUCGAUGGAGGCACCUCAACCGACCGCCGACGUCUUCUCUCCCGUUAGUUUGUCCGUCAAUUUGAACGUAAUGUCGCCGGAAGAGUCGCCUCCGAAACCUGCGGAACGACGGAACGUUGAGAAAACGCGAGAGGAUAACAGCGUGAGUCAUUUUUCCGAAAAAAAAAAACGAUUUGUUUUUGUUUUUGUUUUCAAAAACCAUCUUGUAAUCAGUGAGCAGAAGAACUCUGGAGAAAUUGACAAAUAAAGUAUAGUUUGGUAGUUUCUUGCGUACGCUAAAUGUUUUUAUUAAAUGGAAAGAAAUACAGAUAUCUGUGGGUGGGUAAAACAGAGUAUUGUGUUACUAAACAUUCGUUAUCAGCCGCGGCGGCUCCAAUCGUUUGCCACUCCUCAUUCGACCGCUCACUGCCGCCGCAAAGUCCGCAAUAGGCCGUCGGUUCCGCUGCUUGCGACCACUUUCGAACUCGCGCCUCGAGCUGACGCCCCCUUCUGUUAGCUCAGUUUUUAUCGUUUGCGGCGCGGCCGUCGCAUAAUAUUCCGGGUAUUUCUGAUGGAUUUUACCUCUUUCGGAUCAGAUGUCGAGGUAAGUGUUUCUCCUUUUCUUGGCGCUCUUUUGACUCCAUGCGAAAAUGCGUGUUUACCCAGAGUUACAGUAGAAAGCUGUUUGCCGUGCACUUCCCGUGUUUUCUAGUAGUUGUAGCUCGCCAAAUACUGGUUUUGAAUUGCACUCUAACUGACAAUUAGGCAGAGAGAACGAAAGAGAAAUUGAGGAAUGUGCGGCGCGACGGUCCGUUUUUGCAGUGAUACGCUCAUUGAAAGUCGCAUUGCCAAUCACAUCGAACACAAAUGUUUUGCGGAUUCCGAUUCAGAAUGUGGCCUCAAUCUGACGCCUCACUGUGUCUUCUUCCUCCUUUUUUCCUCUUCCUGAAGUGUCUUCCGUCCCCCCGCCCGAUGAAUUUGUAUCCGGCGGACGCGUACUGCGCGAUGGGAGAGAGUGGCCAACCGAAGCGAAACGUCGCCUCUCGUUCGACUGAAUGACGACUGUACGCCCGUCUGCCACACACUAAUCUGUCCCUCCUCGUUUUCAAUGCGUUUUAUCUGGCUUCUAAUCCGAAACUUUCCUCGAACAGGCUACUGACAGUCAGCGAAUAGUUCAUCCAUUCGUCGUCUAAGGAUGAUCGAUCUUAUACUCAAAACUGAACGAAUUCGGUCAAAAAGUGCGAAUUAAUCAUACUUCUUCCGCGCCGCCUUUCGAAAUCGCUACGUUGGAAUGCGGUGUGUUUGCUCAAAACGUUUAGUAUCCUCCUUCCCAUUUCCCCGGCCCGUUUUUUUUUUCUGCUCGGAACGCAAAAUCUGACGGUUUUUGAUCAGGCUUCUCUCAGUGAUUAGCACCUUUUCUUCGUUUCCUUUCUUCGAGACCUCCUCUCACCGUGACUGUGUAUGGUUUGUGCACACCAAUUUUUAUGACGUUUGUCUCUUUAUUGCCAUUUGCAAACCAAACAGGACCUUUUGUCAAAGUUAUCUCCAAAAGUUUCAUUUCAUGACUCUUUGUGCUCGUAGUCUGUCUUCACGGAAUCGACACGUCCACGGUUAGGGCGUGUUCUCGCCGCAGCGUCACUCUUUCUAAUUCCGCGAGAGGUCGAGAAGAAGAUUGAGUGUUGAUCAGCAUUCUGCUGCUCUCCGGAGGGGCUCGCGUCUCGUCGCGUCGCGGUUUCGUUGCCUAUCCCUUGCUUCCUUCCUCUGCGACCACCACUGGGUUCGGAAUGUUUGAACAACACGGUGUGCUGCUGCCGGUGUGACAGCGGGCUACAGGACGGGGCGAAAGAGAGGAGGCAGGGAUCGGGGUGGAAUCGGUCGAGACGAGUGUGUACGGUUCGAUGGCGAGAGGGCGCAGGAAUCGGACGGCUGGCUAGUUGUGUUUGUAGUCCCACCGCGUGUAUUAUAUUCGAAAUGUGCCUAUAUGCCUUUUAGGACCGCUUAACGCUUUUACACUGCGUUUCCAUGAGCAUUCGGACUUGCCACGUUUCAGUCGUUUAGUCGAUUUCCCGUCAACACUAGUGCACUUUUGUUCUUUCACCUGGAGGAAUGCAUAAACCAGUGAUAAGAGGCUAGCCGAGCUGGUUGAGUGUUUGAUUCACCAUUAGGCGCAAAUAUAGUUAGGCGUAGGAGUGUCUCGUGUCUAAUCAGCAACUGGUCACACUCGCACACUCAUUUCUUCUCGGUUUCUGUGCUGUUCUUAUUAAAAACGAACACUCCUAUACUAUAAUGAUUUUUACGUUCAAAACUGCACUGAAAAAAAUUAAAGCAAAAGCAUCUGUCGUUACGGAAUUUUCUUUUUCAUAACUAUAACUGUGUUUGUUUUCUUCUGACUCUUGCCUACUUAAUAUAACGUCCUCUUGAUUCUGUUUUCUUUCUAGAAUGACCCUAGUGCGCCUAGAACCCAAUCCUAAGCACGAGGUAUGAUGUCACCUCCGUGGUCCGUAUUCGAAUUCUGAUUUGGCUAUUUGUCUAUGUCUGUCACCAUCAAUUUUAAUGCACGCUGACUCAUUCGGGGGGUUUUGUGUACAGGCGGUCGUAACUCUGAUUCAUGUUCGGGGACAACAAAUCGGUUUUGACGAUGUUUUCUGACGAACACAUCGAUUUGUUUAAAAAAUGGAAAACUGUUAAUUUGCAGAAGCUGGAUCCGGAGGUCAUUUUCACGAAGCAAGAGCGCAUCGGACGCGGCUCUUUCGGUGAGGUCUACAAGGGUAUCGACAACCGAACCGGACGGGUCGUCGCCAUAAAGAUCAUCGACCUUGAGCAAGCGGAAGAUGAGAUCGAAGACAUUCAGCAGGAGAUUCAAGUGCUCAGUCAGUGCGACUCACAGUACGUGACCAAGUAUUUUGGCAGUUUCCUCAAGGGUUCGAAAUUAUGGAUUAUAAUGGAAUAUCUCGGUGGCGGAUCAGCACUCGAUUUGACAAAAGUGAGUAUUUUUUGAUUGUGCUCAUAUAUUUAUUCAAAUGUUUCAGAGCGGGAAACUAGACGAGAGCCACAUUGCAGUGAUCCUUCGAGAAAUUCUAAAGGGACUCGAAUAUUUGCACAGCGAAAGGAAGAUUCAUCGAGACAUAAAAGGUUAGAAGCGUUUCAAAGGAUGCUCUGGGUCUCCCUCGAUUCCCCUGAUUUUGACUCAAUUGGGAAGCGGAAAUGUUUAGGAGCCAAUAUUCUGUUGGAUCGUCAAACGGCGGCUGUUAAAAUUUGUGACUAUGGAGUGGCCAAGUCGCUUGCCACCGUCCUCAAAGCCAACACUUUUGUGGGAACGCCGUUUUUCAUGGCUCCCGAAGUGAUACAGGGCGACUACGGUAUCGAGGUACACGCCGUCGCUGUUCUCUCCUCCCGUGCCGUUUCCCUCCCAAUGUUUUGCUUUUGGCGGUUCCUUCCCCACUUUUUCCGUUCCCCGCCUCCCGUACCGUUUUGUCCGUUGUUUCAGCUGCAAACGUGCUUGUCAGCGAACAUGGAGAUGUGAAAGUGGCAGACUUCGGAGUAGCCGGACAGCUCACCGAAACCGUCAAAAAGCGUAUCACAUUCGUGGGUUCUCCGUUUUGGAUGGCACCAGAGCUCAUCAAGCAGUCCAGCUACGACUACAAGGUAUUGCUUCUGGUUCCCUUUGUGUUCCCUUAUAGCUUCCUGUGUUUUAAAUUAUCACGGAACAACUCCAUUCAUGAACUUCUUUUCUCUCAGGCUGAUAUCUGGUCGCUGGGCAUCACGGCGAUCGAAUUGGCGAACGGCGAACCACCGCACUCCGAUCUCCAUCCGAUGCGCGUUCUCUUUCUGAUCCCCAAGAAUCCACCGCCCGUAUUAACUGGAGCACAAUGGUCGAAACCGUUCAAAGAUUUUGUCGAACUAUGUUUGAACAAAGAUCCCGAAAAUGUGAGUUUUUAAUAUUUUUCUUGAGCUAAUCUUACAAUUUUCCUGCAGAGACCGUCCGCAAGCACACUUCUCAAGCAUCAAUUCAUAAAGCGAGCGAAGAAAAACAGCAUUCUCGUGGAGUUGAUUGAAAGAGCUGCCGAGUAUCGCUCAAGGACCGGAGUGUCAAGUGACAGCGAUUUGGACGAAGAUUCUGACGGAGGAGGUGGCACAAGCAAUUGGGACUAUCCGACAGUGCGAGGACCGCGUGGACCGGCAGAAGACGACGGAACAGUUCGGCAAAGAACCGACCGACCGAGAGCUCCAGUCGGACGGAGGUCACCCAGUCAUUCUCCCGGAGGGACCAUUGUCAGAGUGAGUCAACCGCAUAGGUGCGGGAUGUUUGAGAAACGCCAAGACAUUUUUCCGACUUGGCGGUCGGAUUGAAAUUUCCGAGACUGUUCCUAACGGAAUCUUAUUCUAGGGAAGUCCCCAAGUGGCCGCAGUCGCAGAACAACUUCGGAACGCUUCUGUGGGUUCUUCUGGCUAUGGGUCGGGUGGAAACAUCGCAUCCUCUCAAUACUCAUCGUCGGCAGCGUCAUCAGCUCCACAAACACACGCUGCUUCGGCGCCGGAGCCACAACGAUCACAUUAG